AUGGUAGGAACACGACGGUCCUCGCGGACCACGCGCGGCAACCCGCUCCCGACUCCGAGCGAGAAGAAAGCACUCUCGGCCCCCUCCGAGGAAUCCACACCCUCCUCUGGUAACCAGGUACCGACACCACUCAGCAUGUCUGACGAAGAGGACGUUAAGCCCGUCCGCGGCAAACGCAGAGUCAAGGCGGAGCCCGAAUCUGAGUCCGAGGAAGAUCAGCCUCUGGCCAAGACCGCCGCCCGCGGUAAGGGCAAGGGCAAAGCGAAGGCGAUCUCGAUCAGCAGCAGCGACGACGACGAUGACGAGGGUAGUGACUUCGUUCUUAGUGAGGAAGACGUCAAGCCUGCGCCUUCCUCCGUCAACCGCGCUGCGAUCCUGCGCGCCGCCGAGCGUCGCAUGAACGGUUCGUCUUCCUCGUCGGCGCUGCCUACCCCCGGCGCCAGUGGGACUAGCACUCCCUUAGCCGACAAGAUCUGGGACGGAUCCGAGUCCGAGGCCGAGGAGUCGGACUUCCUCUCCGAUUUGUCUGACUCGCCAGCUCCGAAGAAGAAGGGCAAAGGCAAGGCUAAGGCGUCCAAGGGAAGACGCCUGGACGGCGGCGAGAGCGAGGAUCUCCCUGAAGCAUGGAAGGGGAAGAAGAGGAAGAGCCGCCGCGAGAAGGACGAGGAGAACGCCGAGAAGGCAGAGAUCAAGAAGAUGGAGCGCAAGCUUGCUGCCGAGCUUGGGCGCAAGCUGACGCAGGGCGAGAAGAACCAGAUCCGCCUGCAGAGGGACGCUUGGGGUGAUCUCGAGGCCAACCUUGAGCCUGUCAAGCCGGUCCCCAUGGAGGCACACCCGUCAUUGAAGCUGACGCUGCUGCCUUUCCAGAAGGAGAGUUUGUACUGGAUGAAGAAGCAAGAGGAAGGUCCUUGGAAGGGAGGUAUGCUGGCUGACGAGAUGGGAAUGGGUAAAACCAAGAUCGACCUGAAGAAGUAUGACGUUGUGCUGUGCUCGUACGGUACGCUCGAGGCAUCCUUCCGCAGGCAGCAGCGCGGCUUCAAGCGCGGCAACCUCAUGAUUACGGAGCCGAGCCCGAUGCACGCGUUCGAGUGGUUCCGCGUCAUCCUCGAUGAGGCGCACAACAUCAAGGAGCGCACGACAAACGCUGCCAAGGCUGCCUUCGCGCUCAAGGCCAAGUACCGCUGGUGUCUCUCGGGUACUCCGCUGCAAAACCGUGUCGGAGAGUUGUACUCGCUCGUCCGCUUCCUCGGAGCCGAUCCCUUCAGGCGUCACUGCGAUGACUGCGGACACAAGCCGAUGGACCAUGUCUCGUUCUGGAACUCGGAGAUUCUCACCCCCAUCGUCCGCUACGGUAUCGAACCGGGCAACCCCGGCCACACUGCCUUCAAGAAGCUCAAGAUUCUGCUCGACCGCAUGAUGCUCCGAUUGAGCGUGCCGACGACCUUGGUCUUCCUCCGCGCACCCUCGUCAUUCGCCGUGACUACUUCUCGCCUGCCGAGAAGGAACUUAAGCUGGCCUGGUCUGCGCUACAAGCUGACACUAGACUACUCCAACAUUUUCUCGCUCAUCACAAGAAUGCGUCAGAUGGCGUGCCACCCCGACCUCGUGCUCAAGUCGCAGACGAGCUCGCUCGCGCAGCCAACCACCGAGGGCAGUAUCUGCCGUAUCUGCAACGACUCGGCCGAGGAUGCUAUCGUCUCCCAGUGCCAUCACGUCUUCGACCGCGAGUGCAUCAAGCAGUACCUUGAGAUGCAGCAACUCCGAGGUCACAACGAGGCUAUCGACCUCUCCGAGACGAAUGCGAAGCGCGCUCGCCAGGGUAUCCUGUCGCGCCUCGACGUUGACAAGUGGCGUUCGUCGUCGAAGCUCGAGGCGCUUGUCGACGAGCUCGAGAAGCUCCGCAAGCAGGACUGCACCAUCAAGUCGCUCGUCUUGUUAGGGGGCGUUCGCAUCACUAACCGCCAGAUCUGCCGACUUGAAGGUGGCAUGACGCCCCAACAGCGUGACGCGACUAUUCAGCACUUCAUGAAGAACACGCAGGUCACUGUGUUCCUCAUUUCACUCAAGGCGGGUGGUGUCGCGCUCAACCUGACCGAGGCAUCGCGCGUGUUCAUGAUGGACUCUUGGUGGAACCCUUCCGUUGAGAACCAGGCUGGAGACCGUAUCCAUCGUCUCGGUCAGAAGCGCGCGGUGACGAUCACGAAGUUCGUCGUCGAGGAUUCGAUCGAGGACCAGAUCGUCAAGCUGCAAGCGAAGAAGCUCGCCAUGACGGACGCCGCCCUCAGCCGCGACCCCGAUGCCGCCCUCGGCAAGCUCACCGUCGAGGACCUCGGCUUCCUCUUCAAGAUGUAA